UUCUUAUAGUUAAUCGAACACUUAAGUAUACUAAGCAAACAUGUACAGCAGUCAAUCCAAUGAGAGAAACACUAUUCAACAGACGUAUGGAAAUCCGCAUUUCAACAUGUAUUAUCCGAUGACUCAGCAGCAAUUCGCGUACGAUGCGAGUUAUAGCCAGAGUAUGCAUUACAAUGUUUAUCCAAGCCAUUUAACAUGUGAUAACAGUAUCGUUAAUGACGCGAUAACGUCGAUCGAUGGAUUAAGAGCGAAACAAGAGGACGAGCGGGCCAUUGAACAAUUCAUCCGGGAAACCGACUUGAAAACUCCCAGGCAAGACACCCGAAAGAAAGAGCCGUAUAAGAUUGCGACGAUGAAAAGCGCAUUGAUAACGGUGGCAAAAUUGAACAAGAAACUCACGGCUGUUUGGAUGGAGCUCAAGAAUAAUGUUGAUCUACCGGCAGCGCAAUGGCAGGAGAAGAUCAACGCCUGCGAGGCCAUCAAGCAUGAGAUCCGUGAGAUCUUACGCGGCAUAAACGACCCAGACUUCAUGAAUAAAGUGAAGAAGGACUUGGAGAGGCGCAGGAAGAAAAGGCUGAGGGAGCAGUCCAAGAGAGAAAAGUGGAAGGAAGAGAAAAUAAUGAGAGCAGAGCAGAGAGCCAGAUUGCACGUAAAGGCGGACUCGUGGAUCCGCAAGGAGCAGGCGGUGAUCGAGCGCGAGAAACAGGAAGUGAAGCUGCGCAAAGAUGCGGACAUGAUCCUGUCCGACGUUCGCGGCAAGAGAAACGACGCGCGCAAGUAUCUAGGGGUGUUGCAGGAGCUUCAGAAUUUACGAAGGAUCAAGUUGAACAUCGCCCGUGCGAGAGGCGAGCAUUUGUCGUUGGCAGCUGACGAAGCAUUUCACAAUAUCAUCGACAAGUUGAAAGAACAGUGGACCACUUUGGAUCGCGAAUAUUCUAUGGAAGAGCAGGGUUUGAAACUCAUGCUGAAAACGAACAACGAUAAGAGAAUCGAGAAACAAAGCAAGAGUGUAUUCGACAACUGGGAAAACGUGCUAUUCGGCAGAAAUAUAUCUGCCAUGGAACGAUAUUACGAGAAUUUGAGUUGCUUCAUCGUGACUCGUACUACCUGGGACAAAUUCGUAAGUUCUGAGGACGACGCGACAACAAUUCCGGUUGGAUGGAUAAUGCCUGAGAAACCAUCUUCUGCUGCAUGGCAAAAAUGUCUCGCUAAGGAGAGUUCUUGAGUGAAUGACGUUACAUGACGAUACGUAAACUUAAGGAAAAUAGGAAAGAAUUUGCUAUGACCAUUUUGCAAAUUAAAUUGUGCGAAUUACA